AUGCAGCAGGCAGCACUGAAAGAAAUGAAGUACCGUAACGCCGACACCGUUGCGUCUGAUUUGUACCUCCAGAGCUCACCUUGUGGGAACGCCGCCGGCUCCAAGCUCAACGUCUGCGUCCGCAACAUGUUCAGGAAUUUGCAGAAAGCCACUGAAAAAGCAGCACCCAACCAAGCUGUCUAUCAUGCCUGCUGCUACUUCGGUGAGCUUCUGGACUGCGUUGACGCUUCGCUAGGCGACUGCAACAACACGGCCGAGUCGAAGGAAUUCAUCAUGGGUCGACUGGAGCACGUAUUCGGAGAAGCGUUCAGCCUGGUGUGCGGCACCUACACGCGUGGUUCAGCCAGCUGCGCCACCCUGCCCGUGCUGCCCGAGCUCGACCCAGGCGCGGCCGAACCAGUCAACAACCUGGUCGAAUACGGCAUACUCGUCAUGCAACUGUUGGGUCGACGCAACGCUGACACGCCAGUAGUACACUGAAAUAAAUGUGUUUUCUCGCUUCGCUAAGCUCGCCUAACUGUCAACCGAUCAUGUUAUUCUUAAAAUGGGUCUUGAUACGUAAAUAGAAUUCGUAAGUUCGGAAAAGGUGAAAACGGAAGAAGUGAACGAAGAUGAACGGCCACAUUGACAUAAAUUCCUCCUACCGACUACAU